CUGUAACGUGCUACUUCCUGUCGCGAACGAAGUGACCGGCAGUUUGUCGCUUAUGUCUGCGUGGUUUUCCUCUUUCCGUAAAAAAUCCCGUAAAAAGGAAGAAAAGCGCGUUGGCAGCCUCGAUAAACUUUCAUUGCAUCCAGCACGUGACAGCUACUUGGUGUUCCCGUAGCAGCGAAAAGAGCGCGGCUUCAAUCAUUCCCGAGCAGGCUCCGCUCUCUGACAUCCGUCCCGUCCCCGAUGUUCCAAACCGGUCUGCUCAUCCUCACCUCCUCGCCGCGUAUUUUGACCUGUAACGUCGCUGCCUACCUGAAAGCGGCUAAGCACAUCGUCAACAAAACCCUCUACAUCAAGCUCGAACCCAACCGGCAUCAACUUUGGCCCGUGCAGCAGCCGGUGUUCACACCUUCCGAACUCUCGCUGAUUAGAAAGCUCAUCCCUGACAUCUACUACAAGGCCGCGGGUGCCUGCUCCCACCUUGACAUUCGGGUGCUCCAGAGCUGCUUCAAAGACACGCACGGGAACGAGGAGCACCUGCGGGCCUCUUUUGACGUCGUUUUGACAGACACGAUUCAGGAGAUUACGGACGUUGAGCGGUACGUGAACCACCAGUUCAACAGAAAGUGCACAAACUAUCAGAACCUGGCGGAUAAGCUGCCCCAGGGGAGUCAGGACGGUGGGGUGUCAAACAAUCAUGACUUGACGACGAACGGGUGCUUCCGAACGUACGAGAGCGUGUGUUUGGGAGGGACGUUCGACAGGCUGCACAUUGGCCACAAGGUGCUGCUUUCCGAAGCAGUGCUGCAUGCUUCGGAGAAGGUGGUCAUUGGAGUCACUGAUGGUGACAUGCUGAAGGGAAAACUGUUGUGGGAAUUGAUAGAGCCCAUUGAGGUGCGCAUAAAGGUACUGACAGAAUUCCUGGAGGAAGUGGACAGCACCCUGAAGUAUGACGUGAUGCCCAUCUACGAUCCAUACGGACCCACCAUUGUGGAUCCCAACCUGAAGUGCCUGUACGUCAGCGACGAAACACUCAAAGGUGGCAAGAGGGUCAACGAAGAGCGGGCUAAGAGGGGGAUGCCUCCCAUGGUGCUUCGAUCUGUCAGCUUAGCUGAAGAUGUGUGCCGAACCGGACACGAAGAAUUUAAAAUAAGUUCUUCCACUCUGAGAAGCCGAGCUCUCGGUACCAUCCUCCAACCUCCCCAGGCUAAGCCCAACCUUGCAAAGUGGCCCUACGUGAUAGGACUGACAGGUGGCAUUUGUGCUGGGAAGAGCCACAUUAGCGAGCUCCUUGGCAAGCUGGGAGCUGCAGUCAUCAACUGUGACAAACUGGGACACGAGACGUACUUGCCCGGAAGGCCAGCUUACGCAAAAGUUGUCAACGCGUUUGGGAAGGGGAUACUAAACGCGGACGAGACCGUCGACAGAAAGAAGCUGGGAGCCAUCGUGUUUGCGGAUGAGGAGAAAAGGAAGCUUCUCAACAGCUUUGUCUGGCCAGAAAUAGGAGCCCUCCUGCAGCAGAAGAUCAAGGAUAUUUCGCACAACGGCACCAAAGUGGUUGUGCUUGAAGUUGCCAUGCUGCUCGAAGCCGGAUGGGACGAACAUGUUCAUCAGGUCUGGGUCAGCAUCGUUCCAGAGAAAGAAGCAAUACGCCGAAUAAUGGAGAGAGACAACUUGACGGAGGAGCAGGCUCUGCAGCGAGUACACGCACAGCAAUCUAACAAAGAGAAGGUUGCUAAGGCAAACGUAGUCUUUUCGACACUCUGGGAAUAUAGCAUCACAGAGCAACAGGUUCAACGAGCGUGGAAAGAGCUUCAGUUGUACCUGAAUUCUGAGGAGCUGCAAUCACAUAACUGACUCCCUCGUGAAUUCUAGCGCGAAAUUCACAUGCACCUGGUGAUUGUUGGACGAAAUGGACAGUCUAUUCUAUUGAUACGUUAUAUUUUCCGAGUGGACACCGGUGAGGUUAUACACCCGACGAUGCAACGCCAUUGCGAGUCUUCAUGCAUACCGACUGUUGAAUAUAUUUUCUUCUCAUUAUUUCGGGCUGUUUACAAAAGGGGGCACUCUUUAGUUAUUUAGAAACCCUAUGCACUUUCAUAGCAUAGGCUAACGUCGUAUUUAAAGCUCUAUUUAUGGUGGUUCUAACUCAUAGGGGGAUGUUUAUAGGCCUACACUGUUAUUAUUAUUAUUAUACUAUUAUUGCUUGCGGUCACGUUACCUUCAUGCACGACAUACAGCGGUUCACGACUGGAAACUACGGAUCUGCAUUGUACAUACUUAUAGUUACUUGUAUCUUAUACAGCACCAUCAUGUCCCGUGUACAAUUUAUACUUCUGUGAUCUAACAAUGCUUUAUAUUUCUUCAGAAGAAAUAUGUGCCCAGUGGUAUAGGGCAUUUUGCAGCAAUCCUAUACGGCUGGGUGUAUGCAGCGUCUUUCAAGAAUUUUAUACAAGCUACUAUCUAUUGAUAUCCUGUGUGUCAAACAUGCUGUGCAUGUUUUCUGCUGACUAGCACUGUCUUUUGUGUGCUUGCAAUAAAGCCUGGAAGUGUUUAGGCAGUCGGGAGUAAUUUUCCUUGUGGCUGUGGGCAUAAGCUAUACAAACAACCCAGUGUACCAGGAUUUAACUGAUCAAUAAAGGUUCGAUAACUAUUUUCGAUUGACAACGAAAGGUUCGAUAAUAUUUUAGUUAAAUAGGAUGAGGUUUCUCAUACACUUAAAAAGGCUUACUGGACUGUAAGCAAUAACUUGUUUGCAAGGUGCUAAGAUGUGUAAAAGUUGAAUAAAAAUUUGUCGUAAUA